AUGGAGGGUGUCGUUGCCGACAUCUCUGCUACUUCCGUGGCUCCAGCGACUAAGCGCGAAGAAGCUGCACAGAAAUGCGUCUGGAUCUGCUUCCAUGUGACGUGCACGCGCCAGUGUACCGACGUCGCUGGAGUAGCUGCUUAUGCAGCCAACGGCGCGAUUGUCAUCGACGAGUCCGAGCUCCAUGCCGACACGUCCAUCUCCGUCACUGCAAACCAUACGCAGCUGGAGAACAACGAGCAUGUUGAGAAUGCUUUCCUCUACCACUGCGACUUAACCUCUGGCAGUUGCUGGGCUGAGACCGUUCUUGAGCCAGUAGCUGGGACCGAGACCGCCAUCGAGAACAUUCCAGACAUUCCACACAAGGUCUGCCGCGAGAUUUGCAACACAGACAAGUCGCUCUGCGGACUGGUCUGUGAUGAAGAAGUGAAGAAGGAGACUGCGACCAACGACCCCGUUUCAAAGGCUAAGAUCAAGUGCCACUGGGAGUGCUAUUUCGGUCAGUGCUGGGCGGUCUGCAUGCCCGACAUGGGCGGCGCCGCCAGCGACUCCAGCGACGUAUCAUCCGCCAACGUAGCAACAAACUUCAAGCCAUGUCGCUGGGAGUGCUACUUUGGUCAGUGCUGGACUUGCUGCCCUCCUCCUUGA